GACGCCGCUGCUGUGCUACGCUAGCAUCAACCGGGUAAAUGUGGAGCUGAAACACCCCCGUUUAAAAUAAAUACCACACGGAUAAUCGCGUUUUGUAACAGAGCUACACCCGAGAGCCAACAUGCCUCCGAAGAAACCCAUCCAGCCGGCGGCCGGUAAAAAAACCCAAGAGAAGAAGAAGGAAAAGAUAAUUGAGGACAAGACAUUUGGCUUGAAGAACAAGAAAGGAGGGAAGCAGCAGAAAUUCAUCAAGAACGUUACUCAGCAAGUCAAACCGCUAAGUGCCAGACCGGGUGAGGGAGAUAAAGCCAAUAAGAAGACUGACAAGAAGAAGGAGCUGGACGAACUCAACGAGCUGUUUAAACCCAUAGUCGCUGCUCAGAAAGUCGCCAAAGGCGUCGAUCCAAAGUCGGUGCUGUGUGCCUUCUUUAAGCAGGGCCAGUGCACUAAAGGGGACAGGUGCAAGUUCAGCCAUGACUUGACGAUGGAGAGGAAAUGUGAGAAGAGGAGCCUCUACGUGGACAAGAGAGACGACGAGCUGGAUAAAGGUUUAGACACUAUGGAGAACUGGGAUGAGAAGAAGCUGGAGGAGGUGAUCGCCAAGAAACACGGAGAGGCGGAGAAGAAGAAAGCCAAAACGCAAAUUGUGUGUAAGCACUUCCUGGAGGCCAUAGAGAACAACAAGUACGGAUGGUUCUGGGCGUGUCCAUCGGGGGGCGACGUCUGCAUGUACCGGCACGCUCUGCCGCCCGGCUUUGUGCUGAAGAAGGACAAGAAGAAGGAGGAGAAAGAGGAGGAGAAGAUCUCGCUGGAGGAGCUGAUAGAAAACGAGCGAGCAGCUCUGGGUGUCAACGUGACUCGGAUCACUCUGGACACUUUCCUGGCUUGGAAGAAGAGGAAACGGCAGGACAAGAUCGACAAAGCCAUGGUGGAGAUGGAGAGGAAGAAGGCUGACUUCAAGUCGGGGAAAUCGCUAGUGGUGAGCGGCCGUGAGGUGUUCGAGUUCCGACCGGAUUUGAUCGACGAGGACGACGACGAAGCCGCAGACACUCAGUACGUCAGUGAAGACGACGAAGAAGACGACGAGGAAAGGGUCGAUUGUACCGAGUUCCAGGACAUAGACCUAUCCCGUUUUGUUCCACAAGAGGUCGACAACACAGGCUCCGUAGCAUCCACGGACCGCUUCACCACGAGGAAUAAGACUCGGCCGACGGUAACGGACAAUGAGGAGCAGCUGAACGGAGCUUGCGGUGGCACCGAGGCCAACGGGCUUCCGGGAGCAGAUGGAAGCGGAGAGGACGAUGAUGAUGAAGAAGAGGAAGAGGACGACGAGGAGGUACCGGUGGAUGAGAACCUGUUCACGGGCGAAGAUCUGGAGGAGCUUGACGAGGAACUCAACACACUGGCGAUGGAAGACUGAGAGGGAGCUCGUGAGAGGGGGGGGAGGAGGUGGGAUGGACUAAAGGACUAAGGGACCGACCGAAGGAUGCAUGGAGCUAAACAACAAAGAGACCAGACGUUUGAAUGAUUUUAACUUUCAGAGACUCCAGUAAAUAAAGCCUGAUUAUCUCAUGACAUCACUGCACCGUCUCUUGACGCCUUCUGUUUUCUGUAUCGCCUCCUCUCACAUCCCACCACGUCCUCGGCUUUUUCUCCAUUCGGAUGUCCAAAUCUCCACACCGGGGUCAGCUCCACGUGGCGACGCGGUCGUGGCUCGUCAGAAUUUACCAUUAAGAGAAUUUUGUCCGAUUUUUGUUGCUCGACGACUUACGUUCGAAAGUUACUUCUAAAAGAAAUCAGUUAAAUAGUGAAUAUAGUGAUUUGCAGAGUGAGACAUUAAAAUGAAAGCACUACACAUGUAUGGUGGGACUUCAAUAAAUGAAACAUCGUAGGGUGUUCGAGAGUACUGAAGUUAUACAGUGCAGGGAAAUGAACAGGAGGGAUUCUGUUGUAAGAAACUGAAUCUGUUCACCUGCUCUCACACCAAAAUAAGAGUUUGAGAAAUUGUUAUGGAAAUUUCAUUCAACUUUUUGAAGGAUCCAGAUCGAGCUUCUAAUACGUUGACCAGACCAUAAUAAAACCCCAGCAGGGAAACCAAAUGAUCUCCUCAUAAACCCAGAAAUGUAAAUAAUGUUCUCAUGAUGCCUCCUGAAGAAAUAAAAGAUUACUGUAUAUCCA